AUAUAUACACAUCUUUUUAUCAGACAAACGACAGAAACAAUGGGAGACGAUAUUGAUAAUGAGAUCAAGGCAGCACAAGCCAAACGUGCCAUUAUUACUGACAAGGAUAUUAGUAAAGCUAUUCUUGACAAUGAAAAGCAUGCGAGUAUGACUGGUGUCUCUUACGACACUGAUCUUUACACGACCGAUAAGUUUGCUGGCUAUUCCACCUCUUUAGCUGUGAAUGACGAAGAAGACGAUGACGAUGAAGUGUACCAAGAAACCAAACGUAAAUUAAAUUCAUACACAGCAUCCAAAGACAUCUUGAAUGAAGCAACGGAAGGUGCCGAUGCUCACGAUCCUUUUGCGGACACCAUGCGUGAACGUACUAUUGCCGGAAGACAAGAUGAAUACCAACAACGUCGAUUUAACCGUAUGCUUUCACCCAGUCGAAAAGAUGCUUUUACAGAAGGUGGGGACAACGAUGCCGAAUCUCGUUCUUAUUCGGAAGUCGCUCGACAAGCCGAGUUAGAAAGAGAGGAACAACGUGUAUUAGCCAUCAUUGCACAAAAGAAGAAAGAGGAAGCAGAAACAGGUGUUCGUGCUCAAACAGUGGAAGAUACACCUACCACGAGAAAGAAGAGAAGAUGGGAUGUAGCUACACCUGUAUCUCAAAAUAUGGAUGCUACUCCUGUUGGUGCUCCAAAGCGAUCGAGAUGGGAUGCUACUCCUGCUCGUGUCGAUCCUAAUGCUACUCCCGUUCGUCCUUCUUCGGAAUGGGAUGUAGAGGCUACACCUAAAGGUACAACAAAGCGUUCUCGUUGGGACGCUACUCCUGUUGCUGGUAUGGAUGCUGUGAUGUCCACUCCAGUAGGUGGUAUGGGAAUGAUGACACCUAACCCAAACAUGACACCCGAAGCCACCAAUGCCCUGCGUUGGGAACGUGAAUUGGACUCUCGUAACAGACCUCUUUCGGAUGAAGAAUUAGAUGGUAUGUUUCCUGCUACAGGCUACAAGAUCCUCGAUCCUCCCGCCGGUUAUGAACCUAUUCGUACACCUGCGCGUAAAUUAACCGCUACACCUACACCGAUGGGUGAUACUGGUUUUGUCAUGCAUGAUGAACAACGUCAAGUGGUUGCCUUGGAUUUACCUUCUGAAAUUCCCGGUGUAGGUUCCUUGCCCUUCUUUAAAGAAGAAGACAUGCAACAUUUUGGUAAACUUUUGGACGAAAAGGACGAAGGUGCCAUGUCUAUGGACGAAUUAAAGGAAAGAAAGAUUAUGCGAUUAUUGUUAAAGAUCAAGAAUGGUACACCUCCCAUGCGUAAAGGUGCACUUCGUCAUAUAACGGAUAAGGCUCGUGAUUUUGGACCAGGACCUUUAUUCAACCAAAUCUUGCCUUUAUUGAUGUCGCCCACAUUGGAAGACCAAGAACGUCACUUGUUGGUCAAGGUGAUUGAUCGUAUUCUUUAUAAAUUGGAUGAUCUUGUUCGACCUUUUGUUCACAAGAUCUUGGUGGUUAUUGAACCGCUCUUGAUUGAUGAAGAUUAUUAUGCUCGUGUGGAAGGUCGUGAAAUUAUCUCGAAUUUAUCCAAAGCUGCUGGUCUUCCUACCAUGAUUACUACCAUGCGUCCUGAUAUUGAUCAUCCCGAUGAAUAUGUUCGUAACACCACCGCUCGAGCAUUCUCUGUCGUUGCUUCUGCUCUUGGUAUCCCAGCUCUUUUACCCUUCUUAAAGGCUGUAUGUCGAUCCAAGAAAUCAUGGCAGGCUCGUCAUACCGGUAUCAAGAUUGUGCAACAAAUUGCCAUUCUUUUGGGUUGUGCUGUUUUACCCCAUUUGAAGAACCUGGUAGAAGCCAUUGGUCAUGGUUUAGAGGAUGAGCAACAAAAGGUGCGUACAAUUACUGCCUUGGCGAUUGCAGCUUUAGCUGAAGCUGCUGCACCUUACGGUAUUGAAUCCUUUGAUUCUGUUCUUAAGCCUCUUUGGACUGGUAUUCGUAAACAUCGUGGUAAAGGACUUGCUGCGUUUUUAAAGGCGAUUGGUUAUAUCAUUCCCUUGAUGGAUGAUGAAUAUGCCAACUACUAUACAAAGGAGGUGAUGGUGAUUUUGAUCCGUGAGUUCCAAUCUCCUGAUGAAGAGAUGAAGAAGAUUGUGUUGAAGGUGGUGAAGCAAUGUGCUGCAACGGAUGGUGUUCAACCCAGUUAUAUCAAGGAGGAAAUUCUGCCUGAAUUCUUCAAGCACUUUUGGGUUCGUCGUAUGGCGCUUGAUCGUCGUAACUAUAAACAGGUGGUGGAGACUACAGUUGAAUUAGCAAACAAGGUGGGUGUGUCCGAGAUUGUCAGUCGUAUUGUAAAUGAUUUGAAGGAUGAAAGUGAACCUUAUCGUAAGAUGGUGAUGGAAACGAUUGAAAAGGUAGUUUCGAAUUUGGGUGCGGCUGAUAUCGACCCCCGUUUAGAAGAACUCUUGAUUGAUGGUAUCCUUUAUGCCUUCCAAGAACAAACGAUUGAAGAUAUUGUGAUGUUGAAUGGUUUUGGUACGGUAGUGAAUGCCUUGGGUAUGCGUAUUAAGCCUUACUUGCAACAAAUCUGUUAUACCAUCUUGUGGCGAUUGAAUAACAAGUCUGCCAAGGUACGUCAACAAGCAGCCGACUUAAUUUCGAGAAUUGCUGUGGUCAUGAAGAGUUGUGGUGAAGAAAAAUUGAUGAGUCAGUUGGGUCAAAUUCUUUACGAAUAUCUUGGUGAGGAAUACCCCGAGGUGUUGGGUUCCAUCUUGGGUGCCCUGAAGAGUAUUGUGAAUGUGAUUGGUAUGGCGAGUAUGACGCCUCCUAUUAAGGAUCUCUUGCCUCGUUUAACACCCAUUUUACGUAAUCGACAUGAAAAGGUACAAGAAAAUUGUAUUGAUUUAGUCGGUCGUAUUGCAGAUCGUGGUGCUGAAUAUGUAUCUGCUCGUGAAUGGAUGCGUGUUUGCUUCGAAUUGCUGGAUCUCUUGAAGGCUCAUAAGAAGGGUAUUCGUCGUGCCUCUGUCAAUACUUUUGGUUACAUUGCCAAGGCUAUUGGACCUCAAGAUGUAUUGGCCACCUUGUUAAAUAACUUGAAGGUGCAAGAACGUCAAAACCGUGUAUGUACUACAGUCGCUAUUGCGAUUGUAGCUGAAACGUGUGCUCCUUUCACUGUUUUACCGGCUCUCAUGAACGAAUACAGAGUGCCUGAAUUAAAUGUGCAGAAUGGUGUGUUAAAGUCACUAUCGUUUAUCUUUGAAUAUGUUGGAGAAAUGGGUAAAGAUUAUAUUAAUGCGGUUGCACCACUUUUGGAAGAUGCUUUGAUGGAUCGAGAUCUUGUGCACAGACAAACAGCAUGUACGACGAUCAAGCAUAUGGCAUUAGGUGUGGUUGGACUUGGUUGUGAAGAUCCUCUCCGUCACUUACUGAAUUACAUCUGGCCUAAUAUUUUUGAGACCAGUCCUCAUGUGAUUAAUGCUGUGAUGGAAGCGAUUGAAGGUCUUCGCGUUGCACUAGGACCUGCUACCAUUCUUCAAUACACAUUGCAAGGUUUAUUCCAUCCCGCAAGAAAAGUGCGUGAGGUCUAUUGGAAGAUCUACAAUACAUUAUAUAUCGGCAGUCAAGAUGCUUUAGUACCUUUUUAUCCCAGGUUAGAAGACGAUGAACGUAAUCACUAUCAACGUACUGAAUUGGAUUAUGUCCUCUAAGAAAAAAAAACCCCUUACAACCAAAUUACGCAUCAAUCAUCAUAUUAUAAAUAAAAUAAAACAAACACACACGCACACACAUAAAAAAAAA